AUGGAGGCCAGGCUGCUGAGUACCGUCCUGAGCUUGCUUGCAGUGCUGCUGGCCGGGUGGGCCUUGGAGGAUCUUGACCCACGCAAGAUCGAGGGAUUCUGGCGGGAAGUCGGUGUGGCCUCAGACAAGGACCUGGCGCUGAGGACCCCGAGGAGGGCAGAGGGGGUCUUCCUCACUGUGAACGGGAGCAGCCUGACCGUGAAGGUCGUGUUUAACAACUCGAAAAGCUGUGAGACGGAAACCACCGUGGGCUGGAGGAGCGGUGCUGCAGAGAACUUUGCUUUUCCUGGCCAUAGGGAGAUCCACGUGCUGGACACCGACUACCAGCACUAUGCCAUCCUGCGGAUGUCGCUGCUGUGGCGGGGCAAGGACUUCCACGUGCUCAAAUACUUCACUCGGAGUCUGGAGGGUGAGGACGAGCAAGGUUUCAGGAAGUUCCGGGAGCUGACAGCCGACACUGGCCUUUACCUGGUGGCCCAGCAUGGGACUUGUGCUGAACUCUUGAAGGAGGUGAGCCUGGGUCCUCAGCCUGCAGCUCCCAGCCCCACACAGUCCCUUGGUCCCUGAGGCUCUGGACCCUGCCAUGGGUGGGAUGACUGUCCUUGUCCCCAAGUGGAGCUGCCAGGGGUCCUGCCUUCCAGGUCCUUCUGGGGUGGGGUUUUGGGGCUGUGGUCACCAUCGCAGUCUCCCUGUCCCAGUGCCAUGCUGAUCAUCACUGACACGACUUCCCCCAGCCCCAGACAUGGGCACCAUUACCCCACUUUGCAGGGGGCUGGGUGCUUUUCCAAAGCCAGGCAAUUGUGACCCUCACCCCUGUGCCUGCACCCCGAGGCCACCUGGGGCCCUGAGCACUGCCCUUCUGUGUGCAGGGGCUGAUCUAGAGCACCUCCUGCCCAGGCCCUAGCUGGAUCCGCCCACCCUGACUCUCCCACCCAGCCCAGGGGCCACCUGCACUUGUCUAUAAUAAAGCCUGCUGCCACA